AUGACCGGGAUAAUUUCUUGUAUGCUCGGAAAUUAUCUCUCUAUAACCGGGACACCAAGAUAUUUUCUGCCAGUGGACAAUUACUGGAUUCGUGCCAAUCCGGGCCCCACCGGUACAACUGGUUUUGAUGGAGGUAUUAACUCGGCCAUUCUACGCUAUGUCAAUGCAACUGCGGAGGAUCCAACAACAAACAGUACAGCCAGUAAUCCUCUGGUUGAAACAAACCUGGUUCCAUUGGACGGUGCUGCUGCUCCAGGAACUCCUGGAGUCGGUCUGGCGGACGUAAACAUUGAUCUCGAGUUUAGUUUCAACGGAACAAUGUUUACCGUAAAUGAUGCGGCAUGGACGACUCCCACUGUCCCGGUAUUGUUGCAAAUUAUGAGCGGCACCUUGACGGCUCAGGACUUGCUCCCAUCGGGAUCAUUUUAUGUAUUACCACCAAAUAAAGUCAUUGAAAUAUCUAUGCCGGGUGGAUCUGCCGGUGCUCCUCACCCUCUACAUCUUCAUGGGCACACAUUCUCUGUUGUUCGAAGUGCUGGAAACUCGUCAUACAAUUAUGUAAAUCCGAUACGCAGGGAUGUAGUGAAUACUGGAAGCGACACAACGGACAGCGUUACUAUUAGGUUUACAACCGACAAUGCCGGUCCAUGGUUUCUUCAUUGCCAUAUCGAUUGGCAUCUCGAUGUUGGGUUUGCUGUAGUUAUGGCAGAAGACGUUGACACGGUGGAAGGUAGUACACCGUCCAGCGACUGGAGCACUUUAUGUCCAACAUUUGAUGCUUUACCUGUCCAAACAUUCACUUGA